AUGGAUCAAGAUUCUUCUUCUUCUUCUUCUUUUUCUUCCUCUUCUUCUUCUUCUUCAACUACUACUACUACUACUACUACUACUACUACUACUACUACCACCACCACUACUUCUAUUACUACUUCUACAACUACUACUACUACGACUUAUAAUACAACAGCAUUAUCCAAUAUAUCAUCGAAUGUAACAGCGAUUGCCAAUCCAAUAAAAUCACUUUCACUCCAUCUAUGUCCAUCUGCAAGAGCAGCUAACAAUUCUGGAAUUAAUUCAAGUGAAGUGAUCUCAAGGAAAGUUUGGAUCUCAGAUAAUCUUGACAAAGAAUUAAAAGAAUGGAAUUUUGACCAAAUUGUACAAGAUACAUUUAAGGAUAUAUUAAAACAAAAACCAAAUAAUACCAAGAAUAUCAAGAAUAAUAAUAGUAAUAAUAAUGGAUACAAUAAAACUGAUAUUAUUACAGAAAAUCAUAUAGAAUAUGAAGAUUAUUAGAACAAUAUUUUACAAAGAAAAUGGAUUGUUUUAAUUAUCUAUCUAUUUAUCUAUACAUAUAUAUAGUGGGAUAUGUUCAAUUUCAAUAUUCAAUAAUUAUCAUUACUGAUUUUAUAAUCUGUUAAUUGUUUUCAUUUUCUUGUAAAAUCAUUAUUAGUACUAUUCCCAUUAUUAUUAUUAU